AUGCUUUGCAGGGCCACCGAAUGGAAGGAGGGGGAUAUUCAGGAGCCAUCCUCCGGCAUCCACCGAUCUUUGGCGAUGGACUUUGAUGCUGUGUAUCAAGGGCAGCAUGAUGUGUUGAGCCGUGCUGCUGCUCCGAUGGCUCCUGUCGAAGAGGCAUCGUCAUCGAUGCAUGGCCCAUGCAUGGAGACCUUGCUUGAGGAUGCAGAUGAGCCAAAGAGUGCAGAGGAGUCCCAGCAGGAGCCAGAGAUUGCGGAGGAGCCCGAGCCGGAGAUGGAGAGUGCAGAGGAGCCUGAGCCCAGUUCCGGGGUUUGUGGUCCUAUGCCAUUGGAGGUUUUGGCGCCAGAGCCAUCGGUCCAUGGAAGUGAGGCGGAAGAUUUGCUGCAGGUGGAGGGUGAGGCAUUCGACCACCAGCAGCAGGUCGAGCUGCGGCAGAAGUUGCAGGAGAAGAAUCGCGCUCGCGGCGGAGGUCGCGGUCGCUCCCGUGGCCGUGGCAGGGGCAGGGGUCGAAAGGCACCGCCGCCCAGUGAAAAUGAUGAAGAGAAUGAAGAGUUGGUAACUCCGAAUGCCAGAGGGGCUGCAGUGCCAGAGGAGACACCCAUGGACAAGGCUUGCAGGACGAAGCGCGGUGCUGCCUCGGAGGAGCCUGUGGAGCCCAAGCCCAAGCGGGCGAAGGCAGCAGCGAAGAAAGGGGCGGCCAAGAGAAUGAUGAAGCGACCAGCUGCAGCCAGACGCAUUGCUGAGGAGCAGCCCGUCCAUGCUGAGGCAAUCGUGCCUGAGGCAAAUGGUGCAGAAGCUUCCAUGCCUGAUGCAGAUGGGAUGACCGAGCCAAGUGUGCCAGAGCCGUUGGAUGAUGCAGAGCCUGAGCCAAGAGUGGUUGAGCCGUUGGCUGAUGCAGAGCCUGAGCCCAGAGUGCCUGUGCCAUUGGCUGAAGAGCCGGAGGAGGCACCCAUGGGUGGUGAUGGGCAUGAGGAUGUGCCGGACGAGGUGGUGCCACCUCGCGGUCGUGGUCGUGGCCGUGGUCGCGGUGCCAAAGGCCUUUCCGAGGAGAAUCGCAAGAUUUGCAGGGCGCUGGUCCAGCAUGGGCGGAAUUACAAGCUGGAGCUGUAUUGGACCAGGAGUGUGAUCGGAGUUCGCCAGAAGAAUGGCCCACAGGUCUGGAGCAUGAGCUUCAAGAAUUUGAAGGUCGGCAUCCUCGUGGCCAACGAGAUUGUCUCCCUGUUGGAUCGUGAUAUGAACAUCCAUGGUGAGGAGAUGACGAAUACCAUCAGGUCUCAACCAAUGCCCGGCAACAAGCGGCUGCUGAAGCUAGUUCCAAGCGCAAGCCUGGUGAUGGAGCUGGCAGUGCGCCAUGGAAGGGAGCAGCCUGCCUUGUUUUUUGUUUGCUUCUGGGAGUUCAUAGCUUCAAGCAUCAUGGCACAAUGGUCCCUGGAUGUGUUGGUUCUUUGUGUUGCCAUCCUCCUCCUGGUCUACAAUGUGGACUUGGACAAGACCUGGGCAUACAAAUUUGGUGAGCUCUUCGCGGGUGUUGCCAAUGUCACGGCUGCUCGGUACUGGUUCGCUCCUCUUGGGGACACUAGCAAGGAGUGGGUGGUCCGGGGAAAUAUGAUGGCAUCCAGGGUCAUCUUGCUGGCCCACCUCGCAGCGGUGCUUGGCCAUGUGUUCAUCAUUGAGCAACCUGGUAGUGCUCGCUUUGGGGACCUUCCAUGUUGGAGACAUUUCGUCGAAAACAUUUGCUAUGUUUCUUGCUUCAAUUCAGAGUUGGUGGAAGCUGUAGGACAAGCAGUGGUGACAGAAGUGAAGAAUAUCACAUGCGAUGAAGCAAUAUGA